AUGACCCAGGAACUCUAUCGGCUCUCGACAAGAGUUCCGCAAUCUGCCCAGCGACAGGUUUUCCGGGAGAGAAGCCGAAACGAGUACGGGGAUGCCCUGUCCAUCAAAUUUGCAGAGCGACGGUUCGAAACUGCCGAGUCCCCCUGGACCCUCAAGGGGAGAGCAGAACAAGAAGACGAUGAUGAGAUGAUGUGGGCGUGGGCUGGAAAAGAAGGAGGAUUAGACUUUCCGGCCUGGGCUGUCCAGGGAUACGGGUGCUGGAGCCCGGCGGAGAUGAGAGUCGAAGUCAAAAGCUGGCCGGGCUGGCAGGUUGCUGUUGAAUAG